GCUAGAUUCAUCAGAAUAACACACAUGUUUUGGUUCGUGCUUAGAUAUAUUUUUGUACUUGUUUUACUGACUAGCUAAGACCUUAAUCGGUCUAACUCGCUGACAUAUAUUUAGUUGAACAUUGCAAUUUUCUCUAUAUAAAGUACUUUUUCAGUUAUCGAAAUAUCAGAGUGGAUCGUUAUCGCGGCAACACCAUGGAUGAUUCGAUCGACGAGGAAGUGAUCUCGGCCGGCGCUACCAUCACGGUGGAGUUUAGUGGAGGCGCCGAGAUGCUGUUCGGCGGAGUGAAGGAACACGAAGUGCCAUUAGAUGGUUCUAAGAUUGUGCUACUUGAGGAAAUGCUCCGAUGGCUCCGAGACAAUUUGCUGACCGGUGAUCCGGCUCUGUUUCUCCAGGACAACACCGUAAGGCCCGGCAUACUGGUGAUGAUAAACGACACCGACUGGGAUCUCAUGGGCGAAACUGAGUACAUUCUGCAACCAGGAGAUCAUGUCCUGUUUAUUUCCACCCUUCACGGGGGAUGAACAGUUUCACCGGAGGCCGUGAUCUGUGAUAAAGGAUGAUUGUUUGGUUUAAGCUAUGAUAAGGAACCGCAGAGCAAGAAGGUGCAGCAUGAUUUAUCGAAGUCGAAACAUGUUACGGAGUGAACAAAAAAAAGGGCGUUUUGUGAAGUGUGACUAGAUGCAGCUUGGCGUUGCAGUUCAUUAACUGUGAAUGAGAGGGUAGUUUAUCUCAUUUCUGUUCUAUUUGUUUAAAAAUAGUUUUCUUUCUGUUAAGAAUUAAAUACUGUCACAUAGCUACAAACUAAAUUUAGCACAUCAGUAUCUUUUUAUAUCAAAAGUGAAAUAUUCCCUAGGGAAGAAGAAAAAAAAAAACAAAUAAAAGCUAUAUACAAAUUUCAAAUGAUAA